AAAAAAAAAGCAUAGAAGUUGGUGCGGCGAUGAGUCAUCACAUCGUCUACCUCUACUGUAUCUAAAUCACAGUGACCGUCCUACUGAUACUGAUUGGGUAGAGAACGACAUCAAACCAGCAAGCAAGAAAGAAAUGGGAUCCAUGAUUUACACACACCCAUUACCCGUAUUCACUUCUACUCGUUGCCCCAAUGUUUUAACAAUCAAUAAUACAGCUGUAACCCUUUUACCGACAUCCUCAAUUCAAUCGAAUUUUGUCGGAAGCAGACACAAGUUAUUGAGCAAGUUUCCAACAAAUUCAACAUCAUUUGGCAGGAGGAGGAUCGAUGUUUGUAAAUCCCAACUACAAGAUUAUGCCCCUGUAGCUUCUGCUGGUUACGCCCUUCUUCUUCUUGGCGGUGGUCUGUUUGCCUACAAUAAAUCAGGAAGCAAAGGUUCACUUUUUGGGGGACUAACAGGGGCUACUCUUAUGUCUGUUGCCUAUUAUCUUAUGCAAUCACCUGAAACCAAGGAAUUAGGCGAUGCACUUGCCUUUGGAGCUUCUCUUCUUUUUGUUUGUAUAUUUGGCAUUCGUUUUGCUGCCACACGAAAAUUAAUUCCUGCAGGCUUUCUAUUAGGCGUUUCAAUCAGUAUAACAGCAUUGACUUAUUCAGCUUAUCUACAAGAUAAGAUCUGAUGUAAGAUGUUUUUGAUCCAGUUCGCAAUCUGUUGUAAGUCGGCAAUGCUGUUUGUUUUGUAUGGCAAGUUUUCCCUUAAUGUAGUUUGUUUUCUGAUCUGUUCCAGACUUCCUGCAUGUUAUUACUUAUUAUAAAAUGUUUAUUCCCCCUUGAGUUAGAAUUAUAGCAUAGGAUAUGUACUUUUGAAGAUCAUUUGUAAGGAUUUGUACUGAAACAGGACUAGAGUUUUAUGUCGUGAAAUGAUCGUUUAGCUCUGUUGUUAGUGGAGAAACCUUUUUAAAAAGCCACACGCGAUUUUGGGCUCUUACUAGUCAAUCAGGCAGCAAUGGGCACAAAAGGGAUCACGAAACAUAAUAAUAUCAAGCAACUAUAUGGAUGAUACGGAUUAUGGAACAGAAACACAAUAGUAUAGGGCUUUGCUUUGUUUCUUAGAAGUGUAGGAUGACAGUCACUGGCGCAACCCUUAGUUUGUGGUAUAAAUGGAUGGUACUAUUGGAUGGUAGAAAUGUAUAAUAUACUUCAUGUCUCCAUGAUGGUAAUGUCAAUUGGUUUGUUAUA